AUGGAAGCUCAGUCCUGGAGACAGCAGGAUGGAGAAGAGAAGAUGCCUCUCCAGGCAGAAGACGUACGUCCUGAAAUAAAAGAUGAUCUAUAUGACCCCACCUACCAGGAUGAGGAGGGGCCCCCGCCCAAGCUGGAGUACGUCUGGAGGAAUAUCAUCUUCAUGGCCCUGCUGCACCUGGGAGCCCUGUACGGGAUCACACUGGUUCCCUCCUGCAAGAUCUACACCUGCCUCUUGGGAGUAUUCUGCAACAUGGUUGCCGGUUUGGGCGUCACAGCCGGGGCUCAUCGUCUGUGGAGCCACCGAACCUACAAAGCACGGCUGCCCCUGCGGGUCUUCCUCAUCAUGGCCAACACCAUGGCGUUCCAGAAUGAUGUGUAUGAAUGGGCCCGAGAUCACCGCGCCCACCACAAGUUCUCAGAAACACACGCUGACCCUCACAAUUCCCGCCGGGGCUUUUUCUUUUCUCACGUGGGUUGGCUACUUGUGCGCAAACAUCCGGCUGUCAAAGAGAAGGGCAGAACACUGGACAUGUCUGACCUAAAAGCUGAGAAGCUGGUGAUGUUCCAGAGGAGGUACUACAAGCUAGCUGUCACACUCAUCUUCAUCAUCCUGCACACACUGGUACCCUGGUACUUCUGGGGUGAAACUUUUCUACACAGCUUAUGUAUCACUACUUUCCUGCGGUAUGCGAUGCUUCUAAAUUUCACCUGGCUGGUGAACAGCGCAGCCCACCUCUACGGGAACCGGCCCUACGACAGGGGCAUUGGCGCCCGAGAGAAUCCCCUGGUUUCAAUGGCAUCUUUUGGCGAGGGCUUCCACAACUACCACCAUGCCUUCCCCUACGACUACUCUGCCAGUGAGUACCGCUGGCACAUCAACUUCACCACCUUCUUCAUCGACUGCAUGGCUGCCCUCGGCCUGGCUUACGACCUGAAGAAAGUUUCUAAGGCUGCUGUCUUAGCCAGGAUUAAGAGGACUGGAGACGGGAGCCGCAAGAGCAGCUGA